AUGGAGUCGUAUCAUCGCAGAACAAUUCACUCAUUUCCGCCCAGAAUACAAGACCUCUGGUACAACAACGACCCUCCUUUGGAAUGUGACAAGCCCCUCCUCCUCGAGACUGUCCUGACGGGUCCCCGACGCCUCGCUGAGCUCGAGGCUCUAGAGCAAAGCAUCCCAGACCUUGACGGGAUAGACGAGGAUUGCGACCAGCUAUCAGAAAAUAUCGCAAUCGCGCAGGUCGCCCUCGAGCCUGUACGCAGACUCCACGAUAUCGUCCUCUCAGAGAUCUUCAUCGCCUGCCAUGAAGACAUGACUAAAAGAGUAGCUACGGGAUAUUGCAAUUCGCUCAACUCCGAAGAUCCACCAUGGACGCUGUCCCAAGUAUGCCGUCGCUGGAGAUCCGUGGCCCUGAGUACUGCGAGAAUAUGGUCCUCCAUCAAAAUGACCUUUCACGAAGAGCCAAUGUCCGUAGAAGAGGAGAAACUCUUCUAUUAUAUGCUCUGUCUACAGCUGGAAAGAUCCCAAAGUCACCCUCUGUCCCUGAUGUUCUGCAGCUAUGGCGAUUUUUCGGAUUAUGCGGGACUGCAAAUCCUCCUCUCUGCGAUGCCUCGGUGCACGCAGCUAGGCGUCGUAGCUCCAUCAGAAUAUUUCCAUUUCUUCUCGGAAUGCAGGGGUUCGUUCAGCGCACUAGAGCAUCUGUUCCUGUUCGACGUUACGGAUGAGGAUCGAGAAGACGCGUCUCCUGACUUCGAAAUCGACGCUUUCGAGUGGGCUCCAAACCUCAACCAUUUGCACCUCGCAUCUCUCGGGCCCGCAUCAUGGAUCGAGCACAUAAAGAUUCCCUGGUCGCAAUUAACCAGCCACGCCUCGCAUCUGGCAUUUGACCUAGAUCACAAGGCUUGCAGCGCAAAGACGCUUUUCUUGCAAUGUAUGCCUCCGAUUGAGCGGACACCAAAGGAGGUGGACCUCGAUCAUGUCAGAGAGCUUCAGUUGUAUGAGAGGCAGGAUUCCGAGGGCCGUAUCAAAGGACAGGUACCGUACAUGCGUGCGACGGCACUGGAAACGUUGGUCUUGCGAUACAUCGAUGUCGUCCCUCAGUUCCCAUCAGAGAUUUACAUGGACAUGCAAUCACUUGAAAUAGAGUGCACUCUAUGCGAAGAUCCUUGCUCUGACAUUCACCUCGUCGAAUUCCUGCGAACCACGUCCGGCAUAAAAAAACUGAAACUCUCAGUUGAAGGAAUCACCGAGCACCUCCUCUGCAGUCUCAUAUACCAGUCCCUCCUUCCGUCCUUGGAGCAUCUAGACUUGACUGGAUCGACGUUCGCGUUUCAGAGUUACCAGGUGGCGUUCGUUAGAACAGUGAAGUCGCGGCGCAACCCCAUGCGGAUCCAGAUGCUGGGACCCGCUUGCCGCUUGCAGCAUCUGAAUAUAUGCUCGGAUUGGAUAUCAUCUAUUCGCGCGCAUCCGGAAGUCGGGACUGUGUGGGAAAAGUUGCUGGACGGAGGUUUGGAGGUGCAACCAAAGUAG